GCUCGUUCACUAUGGAUGACGACCUAAGACGCAUCUCCGACGAUCGUAACAAACCACGUGACACAAACUUUGGCCUGUUCGUGAGAAAGCUGAGACAGGUGUUGCGGACUGCCUAUCGGAUCGUGUCGUCCUCCGUGGGUCUGCUGCUGCUGCUGAUCGCCUACUCCUUCCUCGGCGCCUACAUGAUCCGGGCUGUCGAGUCGCCACAUGAACUAGCCGAACAGACGAUGCUCCAAGAAAAGAGGUCGAACAUAGUCUCCAGUCUAGGGAAUCUGUCUGCUCUAUAUGUGAAGGGUGACAUUAACCAGACGACCCUGGAGGCGAUGGUGCAGGCGUUGCUGAUUGGCUACGAGGAGGAGCUGGGAGUGAAGUCACAGACUAAAUGGACCUUUUGGGGAUCUUUGUUUUUUUGCGGUACAAUUUACACUACAAUAGGAUAUGGCCACAUAGCGCCCUCUACGACUGCUGGUCGGGUGGUGACGAUGGUGUACGCAACAUUCGGGAUCCCCCUCGCUCUGAUUGUGUUGGCCGAUCUAGGCAGACAGCUGAUGGUCGCCAUCAAGUUCCUAUGGUCCUUUGUUAGGCGCUUCUACUUGACUGGCUACUGCAAGCGUCUUAGCAAACGAAAACCUCACACAGUCAGGAGGAGAACGAAAGAGGCGGACAGUGACGAGGAAGUGGAAGAACAUCAGCUGAACAAAACCAACAGUGGUGAUCUUGGAAAGAGAAAGGCAGCUACAGGUCCACCGUUAGCUGACGUAGAAACAUACUUAGAAACAGACACAGAAGCAGACGUGGACGCAUGCGCAGACACAGUGAUUGAGAAAGAGCGGGAGGACGACUCUUCCUUCAGUUUGCCAUUCGUCGUUGCGAUCGCGAUAGUGGUCGUGUACAUCAUCCUAGGAUCAUUCAUGUACUUGUUGUGGGAAGACAACUGGGAUUUUCUGCGGUCUUUCUAUUUCAUCUUCAUUUCCAUCAGCACCAUAGGGUUUGGUGACGUCAUUCCCGAGCAUCCCAAGUUCUUCCUGCUAUCCUCCAUCUACAUUUUCAUCGGCCUGUCUCUCGUGUCGAUGUGCGUGAACGUGGCUAUAGAGGUGUUCACGAAGACCAUUGACAAGGCAAAGGAGAAGGUGGACCAGGCGACGACGAAGGCGAAGGAAACCAUCGAGGUUGUGGGUAAAACUCUAGACAGGGCAAAGGACGCUGGGAUAGAAAAGAUGCAAGACGUUGGUGAUAAGCUUGACAAGGCAAAGACCAAGAUGUCCCAGUUUGCCAAAUAUGGCAAGUCAUCAUCUCGCGACACUGACUCCGUCGGAAGCGAACCGGUACAGCCGGGUCCUGUGGGAGCUGGGGAUCUGAAUGGCUUUACAAAGGAAGCUGUAUGAAAGUAAGGUAUAUGACCAAAACUAAAACCCAAAACAUUCCCAUCUUGAUACAAUGAUCCGUCUAAUCUUGAAAGUACUGAUUUCACAAAGAGAGACAACUCUAUUCUAAAUCCAGUCUCCAACGUAUACCCAACUGCUGUGCCCACAGCACGAGUGCUUGAACUGCCAGGAUGUCAAGUACUGUACAGAUACAGGUCAAGCUGAAAAUAGUGUUCCAUAUGACAGACCAGGCACCAGACACAGCACGUAGUUAGUUAGUGGUUUCAGUGUCCUGUUCGUAUGGAGCGCUUCAACCGACAGAAGCUAGUAGUAAUAUCUUUAUUAGCUCAGCUAACAGAGCGCUGAACUCACCUAUGGAGGGUUCAUGACUUGAACUCGCAGGAAGUUGAAUUAUCUAUUACAUGAAGACAAAUAUGUUCUCGUAUGUUUCUGGUAUAAAGAGCAUAUUCGUUAAAGUGUGU